CAGAGUUAUCAAUGGAUGACAACUAACGCUGGACUGUAUAGAGACUGAAUAACUGCGGAUAUUGCAGCCAACAAAAUGGAUUACCCCAUUUUUUGGUGGAAGUUCUAAGUGAGCUUGGUCUUUAUCCUCGAGCCACUCCCGAUUGGCUCAAAGAUGUACUGAUAGAGCCUUAAUACAGGAAUCACUAUUCCACUUGGAAUCUUUGUUCUGGACAUAUUUAUGCUCUUUUGGAAUAUGUUUACUGCUGAAUUUAUUGGACUUCUCCAGGAUGAUGAGAAUGGACUUUCCCAGGAUUUUCAUUAAAGGAAUUAAUCUGCAAGUAUUCAAUCCUUUUUGUCAAUAAGACAAGCUUUGUCUUAUUAGUUCAGUAAAGUUAUGCUUUAAUUUCAUAAUCAAAACCUUAUGGAUAACAGUCUCUUCCAGAAGGAAGUAUGCUCUUGAGAAACAUUGAUGGGAUCUGGAUGACAGCCAGAGAGAACAUGGGUCAGAGAAUUUAAACCACUGCAGCAAAAAAUGAUCAAUGUCUUACCUGUGGGAGCAAAGAUAAAUCUGUCUGUCCUCAUUUCCUCUUUAAACCGAUAGUAUCUGUCUGUUGGAACUUUAGGUCCUCUUAACUUGAACUUGUGGAGUACAGAAAAAGUAAAAUACAUUUGACAAAAUGAUGAUAAUGUUCAAUGCUACUCUGGAGACUUUCUCAGAAAAAAUUAGGGAACAGUACAGAGUGACAUCGGCUAGUCCAGUACUUACAACCCCCAUCGGGAUAGAAAGAAUAGUAACAACCAUGGGGUAUAUUCUUUGUGCAGGAUCCAUUUUGAUAAUCUCCACCAACCUUCUAGUAGCCAUUGCUCUGGUCCUGCUCAUCUGCAAGAAGGGCUACCAUAGCUGGUGCUUUGUCUUAAACCUGUCCAUUGCUGACACCCUAGUGGGUGUAGCCAUCACUAGAAUUGCCACUGAUGCUCUUGAAGGACGGACGGCCUCUAUGCAAAAGGGCACAUGCUUGUUGCGCAUGGCCUUCGUCAUUGCACCAACUGCUGCCUCCAUCCUCACCAUGUUCUUAAUAUCGCUGGAUCGCUAUGUAGCCAUAAAAUUGCCAUUGCACUAUUCACAGCUAAUGAGCAAGAAGAUGGUUGCUGGAAGUCUGAUUCCACUCUGGCUGGGCUCUGUAACUGUGGGCUUUUUGCCCAGCAUAGUGGAGCCAAUGCAGCAGGAAAAUUAUAAAAAUAUUUGUACGUUCUUCUCUGUCAUAGAACCACAGAGCAUCAUUGUAAUCUUCUGUGCUUUUUUCUUCCCCCUGCUUUCUGUCUUUAUCUAUUUCUACAUGGACAUCCUGAAAAUUGCCUGUGGCCACCAGCAGCGUAUACGGCAAAUGGGUUCACGCUUUCUACCGCCCGGACAUUACUGGGGUCACGUAAAAGCCCUGCGGACUGUUGCUGUUCUGGUGGGUUGCUUCACACUCUGCUGGUGCCCUUUCUUUGUGGUCAGUAUUGUGCAGGCAUUGUGUCCCACCUGUAAACUAUAUCACUUCUUAGAGAACCAUCUUUGGCUGCUAGGAAUCACAAACUCCCUGAUCAAUCCUCUUGUUUAUGCCUGCUGGCAGCGGGAGGUGAGGAAUCAGAUCUCUGUGGUCUUCGCAUAUAUUAAAGACAAGUUGUGUUGUAUGACACACUCCAAGACUCCGGACAGAUGCCACACAGACCAAACACCUAUUGGUCCGGCUGUAAGACUUCAUGACAGGACACUGCAUGUCCAUUUACACUGCAGUGAGCCCGUCACAAUUCCUGAUCAACAUCCUGAAAUUAAUCCCAACAGACUGAGAAUGUCAAUUUAAUCCAAAGAAACUGUAUAAGGUCUUAGACAUCAGCAAAUGUUCCUUCAUGGAUGUGAAGUGCAGAGUAUAUGUUUUUCUGCACAUUAAACAGAGCAGAUGCCUUUAUUUGCUUUCUGUUUCCUCUUGCACUCGACACACAGCCUUCAAAAUAACCAGAUCAUAGUUCU